AUGGAUGUAGAUGCGGAAGAAGAUGCGAGAAUGGAGGAGAAGGUAGUGUUUAUGUGGGGGUAUCUGCCGGGGGCGCUGCCGCAGAGGACGCCGAUUUCGUCUCCGGUGGUGGUGCGGCCUCCUCGAGGCGGAGGCUCGUGGAAGGACGUAUGUGGUGGGGGGUGUGGUUUCGCCAUGGCUAUAUCGGAAUCAGGGAAGCUCAUUACCUGGGGAUCGACGGAUGACUUAGGUCAAAGCUAUGUGACAUCUGGGAAACAUGGGGAAAUGCCAGAGCCUUUUCCACUUCCCAAUGAAGCCAUUAUAGUGAGAGCUGCUGCUGGUUGGGCACAUUGUGCUGCUGUAACAGCGGAUGGGGAAGUUUACACAUGGGGAUGGAAAGAAUGUGUUCCUUCUGGAAAGGUAUUCGGCGACCCUUCCACGGGGUUGGCCAUGGAGAAGGAUGCCUCCGAGAAGUUAAUGUUGACUGAGCAAGUGAGCCCUCAUUCUAUUGGCUCAAGAUCCAGUGGCGGGUCAGCAUCGGGUGGGGACAGUAGAGGAGCUGAUGAAGCAUCUAAGCGGAGACGUGUAUCGCCAGCGAGACAGAUUGCCGAAAGCUCAUCAUCUGGUGAUGAGAGCCUAUCGGCAUUCCCUUGUUUGGUUUCGCUGAACCCUGGUGUAAGGAUAGCUUCAGUUGCUGCGGGCGGUAGACACACAUUGGCUUUGUCAGUUACAGAUACAGGACAGGUGUGGGGCUGGGGCUAUGGAGGUGAGGGGCAGCUUGGAUUGGGAUCACGGAUUAGAAUGGUGUCCUCUCCUCACCUGAUACCCUGCAUUGAUUCAUCUUUCAAGAAUGAUCGGUUGAUGGGCCAUUCUCGUGGAACCAUGGUUUCAGAAGGUCAAGGUUACAGAGUUCCUGGAAGUUAUGUAAAAGCUAUUGCAUGUGGAGGUAGACACAGUGCAGUAAUUACAGAUGCUGGCGCACUGCUAACCUUUGGUUGGGGAUUAUAUGGGCAAUGUGGUCAAGGAAGUACUGAUGAUGAGCUAAGCCCUAUUUGUGUCUCUUCCUUACUUGGGAUCAGGAUAGAAGGAGUUGCUGCAGGACUUUGGCACACCAUCUGCAUUUCUGCUGAUGGUGAUGUUUAUUCUUUUGGGGGAAAUCAAUUUGGUCAGUUAGGAACUGGUGCUGAUCAAGCUGAGACUUUGCCCCGACUGCUAGACGCCCCAAGUCUGGAAAAUGUUCAUGCAAAAAUCGUAUCCUGUGGAGCUCGCCAUACUGCAGUAGUUACAGAGGAUGGAAAAACAUUCUGCUGGGGUUGGAACAAGUAUGGUCAGCUGGGCUUGGGUGAUGUGAUUGACCGAAAUACCCCUUGUCAAGUUACAUUGGACGGGCAUAUGGCAAAAAAUGUGGCAUGCGGCUGGUGGCACACACUACUUCUGUCAGAAUCACCAACCUGA